UUACAUAUUUUAUAAUUAAGUACUUACCUUUUAUAUUAUUUUUAAAAUGGGACGAAUGGCUGGAAUUAAAUGGGAGAAAACUAUUCAGUGCCGACCAGUUCACAACAUAAUUUCAUCAGAUUUUCCUAAAUAUAAUCCUCAGCCUUGGAAAUUUAUGGAAGGACCAAAUCGUAUACAAUGGCUUCUAUCUUACGAAUAUUAUAGAAUGUGGUUGGACGAAAGAGAAGCUUGGAAGAAACGUAUGUAUCCUGAAAACACCACUGUAAAUGUCGAUGUUGUUAAACGUUAUGUUUUAACGUUUAAGACCACUUACCAGCCACCAAAACCUGAACAAAAAAAGCCAUUCAAAAUUAAAAAAUUUGAAGGAAUAGGUAGUAGAACUACCAAUAAACGUCCGCCAGGUGACAAAGCAAUGUUGUUCAAAAAACCUAAAAAUACUAGACCUGAUGUCCAAGAAAAACAUUAGGGUUGUUUUUCGAAAUAAAACAAAAUAUAUAUGAGGACAUAAAUAAAGCAUCUUUCAAAAGGGCGCUCAAAAAUCGAAAUAAAAAAUUAGUUACAAUGAAGUUUUA